UUAGGUCAGGUGCAUCAAUAGUAUCCACCUCAAUCAAUGCAGAUCAACAUCAUUUAGCUUAACUUUGUCAAUUAGAUCAGAGCAGUCGCGCGUGUAAGAUCGAUGAAAGUGCAAUAUUGGAUACAGUAUCCGCACUGUGUAUUUACUGUCCUGCUUCCGUCCCAAUUUUUGGCUUCGGUCUUUGAAGUUCGCAUACACCAGAUAGAGCACAGCAAGGCACCAAGAUCCCCUCACCAGCAUCAACAGCCCCAACUAGACAUUCAUUCGCUUGGGUUAUAAACUCAUAGACGCCAAAUCCGGGGCAUGGCAGGGAUCGCGUGUUACAGCGGUUGGCGUUGACAAUCAGCCUGCGCGCCGUGUCACGGCAGUCACUCGUACAACUACUAGUUGCCAUAACUAAAGAUGCCAGUACCGGCAUCAACACCAACACCACGUGUUAUCCUCUUCGCUGGAGCUCCAGCCCCAAUCUCGGUGGAUUCCGAGUCCUGCACUUUAGACAGCUUCGAUGAGACAUUCCAACAGUUCUUUGGGCGCCUUGACAGCAAACAGCAGAAACAGAAACACACGAGCCCAGCUUCAGGCGCUGAAGCCGCAUCUCAAUCACCACCACACGCUGUUUGGCGGUCUGUGCCGCUGAACCGCCGACCCCUUCAAACAGGCCUGAGCCAGAACCACAGCAUCCUGAGCGGCUCCUUUCAUGCUCAUCGUGACUUCUUCACCACAGUUUAUGCCUUCUCUGGGGAUGAACCCCAGUCUUUCAGCGGUGGUGAAGAUGGGGGGGCAAUACUGACGCAGUUUUGCGAAGAGUCGCUUGCGGCCCACACCCUCAUGCCGUCUAGUCAGAUAGGCAGUUUCAGCAUAGGCAAUACUGAGGAUACCACAACCUCAUUCAUGACGAAUGAUACAGACGACAUCUCUUUGCAGGAUCCUACGAAUCCAUUGACGCCGCCCGUGCCAUUGCAUCUGUCAGACUUGGAAGACGUUCCCUCCGCGGCUCGGAUUCUCGCUCUGAGCCCCCAGACAGUCACGCUCAAUUUGAUCGUGGCUGUGAUAUCUAUAGCCCAGCCCCGGACCGUCACGACGCGUUGGGGCACCACUUUGUCACUGGUCGAGGUGCUUGUUGGCGAUGAAACCAAAUCGGGCUUUGCCGUGACCUUUUGGUUAUCCAAUGACCAGGCUGCAACCGGCCAAAUCAGCAAGCUGAGGCGGCAAGACGUCGUUUUGAUGGAAAACGUGGCACUGCAUGUCUUCCGUGGCAAGGUCUACGGUCAAAGUCUGCGCAAAAACCUUACUCGGGUCAAUCUCCUAUGGCGGAGCGAAGGAGGUGGGUAUUAUCAGAACAGAGAUCUCGCCAGACGGGCCGCGGCGAAGCAUCCUCAGCAAGAGAAGACGAGGCUCGUCAAAGACUGGGUUCUUCACUUUGUCGGACGAGAUUCAGGAGCAGCCACGAGAAAGAGGACUGGUCGACUGUCAUGGGAUCAGCCUCCUGAUGAUACACAGUAAUACAUAUGGAAAAACAAAGUAUCUUCAAUAUCUUUAAUAUUAUUCUAUUAGAUUAUGCCAAGGGAUCUAUUUCCAUAGCUCAUUACGCUGUACAGUUCAAAAGACGCA